AUGAACAGAAAUGGAAAAAUGGUAUUGAACAUAGCUCAAAAAUUGCCAUCGACCAUGAUCUAUAUUUUAUUUGUGUGUACUAUUGUACAAUAUGUCGGUGUUAAUGGUGAUGAUUAUGAUCAAAUACGUCACUAUUCGAGUAUGCAUCAUAGCAUGCAGCAUUUUUAUCAUCCGCCAACAUUCUACUAUCGGCAUUACACGCAUGACAAUCCUCCACGAUCAAAUUUUCUACGAAACUGGGUGCUUUCUAAUAAAGUCGAUGAAUUGUCGAUGCAGAGUUGCGGUAUAGCACCAGAAACUAAUAUAUUUCAGCGUAUUGUUGGCGGUAGACCUACAAUGCCCUAUGCCUAUCCAUGGAUGGUUUUCUUAACCAUAAAAUUACCAGGUAGUACAUCAAUAUGUGCUGGUGUACUUAUCACUCGACGUCACGUUCUAACAGCUGCUCAUUGCAUGACGGAAUCUAAAUAUCCAGAGGAUGUAACCGUAAAGGCUGGUAUUUAUAAAUAUACAGACGAAGCGAUUCGGAUACCUGCAAGGAUCAUUACGAUGCAUCCUAAGUACGAGAAUAAGACACACACUAAUGACAUCGCGAUCAUAACGCUUCAAUCUUCAUUUCCUUACGAUCAUCAACGCAUUGGCACGAUUUGUUUGCCUCCUGAUAAUGCUGGUGAUUACUAUCCGCCACCACGUUCGGAUUCUAUUGCCAUCGGCUGGGGACACACUUCGUGGCACGGCGGCUUAUCACUAACCCUUCAGGAAGUCACUUUGCCAAUACUUGAUGUGAACCAAUGGCAAUGCAGACAACUACUGAAAUGUCCACUAGGGCAAAUCUGCGCAGGAAAGCUUGAGGGCGGUUUUGAUACGUGUCAGGGUGACUCAGGUGGGCCGUUGAUGAUACAAAAUGCAAAUUACCGUUGGGAAGUAAUUGGUAUCACCUCAGUAGGUGACAAAUGUGGUAAGCCCAAUACGCCUGGAAUUUAUACUCGUGUGAGCUUCUACAACGACUUUAUUCGAUCGACUAUAGUUCAAUCCAACUACGAUCCAAAAUUUCGAUCAUGUUUUUUCUCAUCGUCUUCCACGUUCACGCGCAAUCGAUCGAGUUGA